GUGUAACGUUCACAGCCCUCUGAUAUAACCGGCAUCUAUCUCAGCAGAUAGACACACUCGCAACCCCCUGUCCGAAGCAAUGGUGGUGCCAAAGUGGCUCACAUCCUCCUCGUCCUGAGCUUCGCCUCUUUUUCGUCCCAGCUUCUCCGACUCUGGGCCCGCCGCGAUGGCAACGGUAUCUCCCACCCCCGUCCUACUUUCUAUUUGCUCCCAUUUCCUUAUCCAACCUGACGUGAACCUGUUUCAUGUCUUCGAGCGCCACACAUCCGUUGACCGAAGCUGGCACUCCAUCCCUCCAGAUUCGUUGCCUGCCUCACUCACCCGUCCAGCCACAAGUCACCACGCCCCUAAGCCCCUCUCUCUCAAUCUACAUAUUCUUCCUGCUCUUCUCUGUCGCCCCCUUCGCGGGCGACGUCCUCGCCAACGACCUGUAUGACAAAGACCACCGCUGGGCCGUGGCUCUCUUCAGCUACAUGUACGCGUCCCUGGUCAACCCCGCAACCCCCCUUGUCGGCGCCGCCGUCCUCUACUUCCAGGCCGGCAAGGUUCUCGCGUAGCCGCCCAGCUCGGGCUCCGGCGGACUGGCGCGUGGUCAAGGCGUGGUAUCGGUAUGUCGGCUGUGUGGUAGCAGACAGUCUCAUUUUCGCCGUCAUCUAGGCCGCUGUUCUCUGGCUAGCGAUGCGCCGUGAGCUCGACUGCACGCUUGCAGGGUGGAUGGAGCCCUUGCUGGCGAACUAACCAGGUCAUUCAUGGUCUUCCUCGGUACAGUCUAGCAGUGUUUUGUAAAUGGUGACUAACGCGGCUCAAUACUUCUGGCAGAGACGAGCGAAACCUCAAGCGACUUUGGCGUGAGGUUUGCUUAAAAAAUACUCGCCGACCGUAAAUUUAUGAAGGUUUCUUUUCUUUGUUAUUUUACUUUUAUUUAUUUCUACCAAGUCUGUCG